CUAAAGGUGAAUGUCUGAACUGUCGCUGCUCCCCUUUUUAAAGUCUUAUAACUUACCCAACUAUGAAGAUAACGAAAUCACUAGCUGGCUUUUCUAGCAUCGCCAAGGUCUCGUUGACUCGAACAUUUGUCACACGUAGUGGAAGCGCAGAAAUAAAAAGCAAAAUCGACCUCCCUGCCGUUCACGAGCCCGCAGAAGGAUUUGACGAUGUUUUCCAAGUUCCAGAGAGAGUUCAACCCACCCACGGAAUCCCGGUCUGCAACUUGCACUUCCGUGGUUAUCUUCCACAACAUCUCGACUUCUACGUUGAUUUUGCUCGUCGUGCUGCUUUUGCUUUGAAAAUGCCAUGUUCUGGCCCUGUUUACCUUCCUACUCAGACCAGCCGCUGGACUGUGAUCAAAUCACCCUUCGUUCACAAGAAGUCACAGGAGAAUUUCGAGCGAAAGACACACAAGCGAUUGCUUCAGAUUAAGGAUACAAACCCUGAAGUCGUGCAGCGGUGGUUACAUUAUCUCAAGAUGAACGCACCCGCUGGAAUCGGUAUGCGAGCCACCACCUGGGAAUUUGAAAAUGUUGGCGUUGGAAAGACCAUGGUUGAGAAGGCAAAGAAGUUGCAAAGAUCCGCACCUGUGUCUAAUGGUGAGGACAAGGAGACCCAGGUCAAGGAAAUUGCUGCCCAGCUUUUGAAGGACAUUGAGGCAGAAGCCAAGGAUGAAACCAAGACUGAAGCUUAGACACCUUUUAAACAAAAAAGCACUGUGGGUUGCAGUCAACCCAAUGUAAUUUACUCCUUUUUCAUCGUUUUGUUUUUUCCCCCCGCCCAGUUACCUUUUACCAUUUAACUAC